CGAGUAACUUUCACUCAAACUCUUUACUCGCUGUAUUGCUAUGCAAAGAGUUUCUAGACAGUGUAAGAGCGGUAGAUUUUAUUACUUUUCACUUAAUCGUCCCUUAAACAUGCGUAUUUUGUUAUUAAUUUUCACUUGGUUGUGGCAAAUAACAUUUUACUGGAAUUUACUAUUGUAUUUUGUACAAUCUGCACUACUUGUGACCAUUGUCUACGCCGAAGAAGUUUUUAAUACUCUUCCAAGUGUAAGAACCAACUUUUCUUGUAUUAACCGGCCAAUGGGAUUUUAUGCUGACAUCGAGGCAAAUUGCAGAGUAUAUCACAUGUGCGAUGAUCACGGAAAUAAAUUCAGUUAUCGAUGUCCCGAGGAAACAGCUUUUCGGCAGGAUGCUUUGAUAUGUGACCAUGCUCAUCUUGUAAAAUGUCAAACUAUCUCUCACCCGUCAAGUAGAUUUCCAAAUAAGAACGUUGAUAGAGAAAAGAUACAUACAACUCCAUCGAUAAAAUCCACAAUUGCAUCAAGUGCGUUGCUUGACAAUCAUCAACUAUCAAUUUCACGUUCUUUUCAAGUAAUUCAACGGCCUGAUAAAUCUGUGUCUAAUAAGUUGCAAUCUGGCUUCAUAUUCAGCGCGCGUCUAUUCUUGCAAGAUCAGAAUCAAACGCAAAAUCAAACUGAUCGAAUCACUUUCAUAAAAUACAACGUUAAUUCAAAGAAUCGCCCAACACUUUCUAGUACUCAAACGCCUAUCGAAGUUAAUUGGAAUUUACAUAACAAUAAAUUAAAUUUACCAAAGUCGUUGUCUUUAUCAUCAUCAGAAGUUCACACUUUUGCACGAGAUAAGAACACAGCGUAUCCGAGUCGUGCAUUGGAGUCAAUCGCGAGCUCUUCGCCCACGAGAUUGUUAGCAUACUCUACCCAGUAUCCGCCUUGUUCUUCACGUGACAAAUCCAUCUUGAGUUACGACAGUGACUAUCAUCCCUACUCAGAGACACUGAAAUCAAUUCAAGCAAACACUCGUACAACUACUAUACAGCCUACCACAGAACUUCCCGUGUACGCUUUGACAUUUUCCUUAAAGCCAUUAGUACCGAAUAAACUGGAGUAUGAUCCCUAUUAUCCGAAACAACCAACAACUACGGAAACAUAUUAUACACCUAGCAAUCGUAACGAUCUCGACAAAAAUACAUAUCUUUUCAGUCCCAGCCAGGUAUCAUCAGUAACUACGUACUCUAAUCUUUUUUUUGAGUUCCCAUCUAUAUUGCCCGAUCUAAAUAUGUUAGAAGAUUUGGUUGAUCGUCGAAAGUUCUUCUAUAUCCCGCGUGCAAACAUAAAAGCGAUGUGAUAUAAUAUGACACUAUCACUAUUUAUAAUAACACGUUUGUAAGAUAAUGUAUGUAAAAAAAUAAUAAAUUAAACAUAGCUGUAUAA